AGACAACCUGUGAGUGUUGAGGCUUUGUAUGCAUUCUACCUGCUAGUCCUCUUGAACAGCGCUGAAUCGCGCUCGUAGCACCUUCUCCUGUCUCUCGUGAAGUCACCAUGUCCGUGAAAUACCUUGCCGUGUCCGUACCAUCCUCAAUAACACCCUCUGGUCACAAAGACGAUGCGAUCAGCGCCUUACAGAAGGCUGUGAACCCGUCUUACGGCGAAGUAUCAAACUUCAACAUCCCAGAAUUCAAGGUCGGCACACUGGAUGGCUUACUACAACAGUCGGACGAAUUGAGCAAGCUAGAAAGCCUGUGCAAUUCCGUGGUAGCCAAAGUUGGAGAUACACUCAAGAAUGUACUGGACGGAGACGAAGAGAAGAUUUCCAUGCACAAGAAUGUCAACGACAAACCUCUCGAACAAUACCUACGGAGCUUCUCGUGGAACAAGGUCAAAUAUCGAGCAGAUAGACCACUGUCAGAAUUGAUUGAUCUACUGCAAAAGGAAGCCAAUUCCAUUGACAACGACGUCCGGUCAAAAUAUAACCAAUACAACUCCGUAAGGACGAAUCUCCAGACCCUCCAACGCAAACAGACCGGAAACCUCUCAACUAAAUCGCUAGUGAGCAUCGUCAAUCCCGAGGUCCUUGUCACCGACUCCGAACACCUUGAAACCCACCUGAUCGCCAUCCCGAACUCAAAUGUGAAGGAAUUCAUGCGAUGUUACGAAACCCUCGCACCAAUGGUCGUACCUCGAUCAGCCUACUUUGUUGCUUCAGACGACGAAUUCACCCUAUAUGCUGUGACGAUGUUCAGGAAACACAGCCACGACUUUCUACAUAAAGUCCGAGAGCGGAAAUGGGUGCCUCGGGACUAUAAGUUCAAAGAGGGCGGCAAAGAGGAGGAGCAGAAGGAAGUUAGGCGAGUUGAGGCCGAGGAGAAAAAAGUAUGGGGCGAAACACUACGGCUAGGCCGGACGGGCUGGAGUGAAGGUGUCAUGUGUCUUGUGCAUGUGGUGGUCUUGAGAGUGUUUGUCGAGACAGUCCUGAGAUACGGACUGCCGUUGGAUUACGUCGCUGUCUUGAUAAAGACCGACUCGAAGCGAGAAAAGAAAGCUCGACAAGGCCUCGACUCUGAAUACUCGUACUUAGCGGGCAAUGCUUUCGGCAGAGACAGCAAAGGUCGGCCGAAGAAGGAUGAAGGCAUGUCAGGAACUGACCUCGUGACUGGUGGUGACCAGAACGAUUAUUCGGCUUACGUUUGUUAUGUUAUUGAUGUCGAUUGAGCGGCUGUUUUGUAACAUGAAAAUAAAGGCCUUGAGCGAGACUACAGGCGGGUGCAAGCCGAAUUGAGUUGAGAAGCAAGUGGAUCCGCGGCUUCGCGGCCUUGAGAAUGCAGGCUGCUCGCCUCACUAUCACAGACUAUUGGGUUUGGUCCUCAGAACAUUGUCGGCCUGGGAAUCAAGAUGACCGGGAACUCUCCAGAAGGUCCUGUGAGACAGGAGACGGGAGACGUGAGACGAAGGUCACAAUUUGAUUCAGCCUGAACAACGGCAUGGCGUCGGCUCUCUCGUAGACAAGACUUUGAGUGAUCAACGAGUAACGACACCACUUUGUCGUCUACUGCUUCAGACGCAAGGCUAUUUUCAAUUG